AUGCUAUUUGCGAUGCGAGCCAACACGACGCAGAAGGCGUAUGAUGAGGCCUUUCUUGCCUGCUCGACGGCUGUGUACUUUGAGGGACAGAACAACGAGAAGGAAGCCCUCCGGUCGUGGAAGACGGCGCUCGACCACAUCUACUACCACAAUGCCCGCCGCAACCCCUCCACCUAUCGCCCCGCCUCGGAAACGGAACGUGCUCUGCUAGAGUCCCUCCGCCAGCUCGAGCUACAAUGCAAGGAGCGCGUCGAUCUGCUCGAAGCAUUGAAGAAGAGUCGCGCAGAGUCCAAGGAAAGCCUGGCCUCGCUGUCGACCGAUGCGAAUGCGCCUACUCCGCCACCCCACGCCGCUGGUCCAACAUACUCGCAAAACACAGAGGCCGUCGGCAACAGCUGGCUCGGAGCUGGCUCAGUCCCGCCCAUAGAAUAUGGCGAUCUUUCCAAACCACCGCCACUACCCUAUCGUCCUGGAAUGGCCCCUCGCAAAAGCUCGGCCACGGCUUCCGUACGCGAGAACAGCCUGACGCAGACUAAGAGUGCGCCUACACUGGCCCCGACGACGUCAGCAAAUAAAAAGUCACGCACGCCAUCGCCUGAAAAGAAGAAGGGCGGCAUGUUACGCACACUGAGACCAGGCAGAGAGAGCAAGCCCUCGUCUUCCAAACUACCCAGCUCCCUGAGAGCGCGCCCAGAUGCCUCCAAAGCGGCUACACAGGCAUGGAGUGUCAAGGCUACUUCGAAUUCUAGUCGACCGAGUUUGGGUGCACCCACCCCGUCCUCUUCAACGCUAACUCCGUCAGCCCGGUCGUCGUUGGAGAAGCCUGCGUCGGAAAGGCAGACAUCCUCCUCUUCCUACAUGGAGCCGCAACACCCACAAGCUCAGGCACCAUUCUAUUUCCGGACCGGCGAUAGCACAAUGCCCACUGCCUAUGCGGUUCCACCCCCGCAAGACGGAAACGAUGUAGAAAUACCUCGAACCUUGGUUCCAGAGAAGCCAGCGCCACCAAUUCCACGCAAGUCUGUCGAUUUGAGCCGUUACCUCUACGCCCAGGGAAGCAAUUCUUCCUUUCCGUCUUAUAGAAAGGAGUAUCCAACGCCGCAGCCUGACCCGCGCUCUCUUGCGGCAUCUGCAGCUGCCCGCUCAUAUAGCGACAACGCGAAUGAGAGGGGUAGUAGAAUGACUUGGGAUCCGAGCACGCGUAAAUUGCUGCCAAAGUGCUCAAAUGCCAACUCGCAAGUACGGAAUGAAGUACGGAAAGACCUGCCUGAGCCGCUAUCAUGGGAGACUACCGAUGAAGAGGAGUUUACCAAGGCCCGCACGACUGUAACAAGAAAGGGCAGGGCUCGAGGAAAUUCGGUGCGCGCAGAACUACCGGCGAUACCAGCUACAGAUGAUGAUUCAGGGGAAGAGGAACCCGAGGAAUCAGACGAUUGGAAGAGGCGGACGAGUGAAAUCAUGAAGAAUCUUCCACGUGGUGUGGAUAAGCAGGCAGCACAGCAGAUUCUAAACGAGAUUGUCAUUCAAGGAGAUGAGGUACAUUGGGGCGAUGUGGCUGGGCUUGAGAUUGCCAAAUCGGCCUUGAAAGAGACGGUCGUCUACCCUUUCCUCCGACCAGAUCUUUUCAUGGGACUUCGAGAACCGGCACGCGGCAUGCUUCUGUUUGGGCCCCCUGGGACGGGCAAAACAAUGCUGGCACGAGCGGUGGCUACGGAAUCAAAGUCGACCUUCUUUGCAAUAUCGGCCAGUAGCCUGACUUCGAAAUUCCUGGGCGAGUCGGAGAAGCUGGUUCGCGCUCUGUUCCAGCUAGCAAAGAUGCUAGCACCUUCCAUCAUUUUUGUGGACGAGAUCGACUCUCUUCUUUCCUCACGGAGUGGAGGGGAACACGAAGCGACACGUCGGAUCAAGACUGAAUUCCUCAUACAAUGGUCUGAUUUGCAGAAAGCAGCAGCUGGUCGGGAUUUGAGCGACAAGGACAGAGAGAAGGGCGAUGCGACCCGGGUGCUUGUCCUUGCAGCGACCAACUUGCCUUGGGCGAUUGAUGAGGCUGCAAGGCGGCGCUUCGUGAGGAGACAGUAUAUACCAUUGCCCGAGGACUGGGUGAGAAAGCAACAGGUCAAGACGCUGCUGAGCCAUCAGAAGCACGAGCUGAGUGAGCGAGAUAUGGACAGACUGGUCAAGCUCACUGAAGGCUUUUCUGGUUCUGAUAUCACAGCGCUGGCCAAGGAUGCCGCCAUGGGGCCCCUACGUUCGCUGGGUGAGAAACUCCUGUCCAUGACCAUGGAACAGAUUCGACCUAUACAGUACAAGGACUUUGUAGCCAGCCUCCAGACCAUCAGGCCAUCUGUUAGCAAGCAAGGCUUAAAGGAAUUCGAGGAUUGGGCCACGCAGUUUGGCGAGCGUGGUGGUUGA